AAUUUGCACUCGAGAAAGCGCCAAAGGAAAGUCUGCGUGUGAAAAGCGGAAAACUUUUUUGCCAGGAUAUUAAUGCCACAAGACAAAGGCUAAAGCCCAAGUAAAAGUUUCAGUUUCGUUUUAACGAGUCCCGUGUGAUUUGCGGCAGCUAAGAAGGAGUGAAUUCCUGUGAGGAGUGGGCCAAGGACCCAUCAUCCUGUUAGUCAGCAGAAAAUAAAUAAAAAAAAACCAACUAAUUCUUCAUUGCCGACCCAGGCCCGUACGUGACGAGGCCUUUUUUUGCACUUAAUCAAAGGACAAGCUUCAUUUUUCGAACACAUCCACGUUCACGUCCACAUUCACAUCCACAUCGACAUCCACAUCCACAUCGACAUCGACAUCGACGUCGACAUCAGCCAUCAAAAAUGUUGCCGCAUCAUCAGCGCCAUAAAAUGGCGGCUUCUGUUGCCAUCUUAUUGCUGAGCUGCUGCCUGAUGGCAUCGGCGCCAGCGGUGGAGGCCCGCUCCAAGGAGGAACGUAAUCGUAAUCGCGGCAAUCGUGGCAACAACAACAACAACAACAACAUGAAUGGAGGUGGCAUCGGUGGUGGGGGUGGCGCUUCCCCAUCGGCAAUGACCAACAACAAUAAUGGGAUAUAUACCUAUGGCAGCUCCUCAUCGUCGAUAUCAUCCUCGUUGUCGUCAUAUACCACAGGCAGCACUGGCUAUAGCGGUCCAAUGGACACGACUGGCUUCUGUACACGUCGUCGUGAUAUGAAAUUAAUGUGCUACUGCACACCCGAUGAGAAUCAUGUUCCCGUGCAAAAGGCCGAGUGCUGGGUAUUCUCAGAGGGCCUACAUGAGAACGAUACCACCUGGACACGUUUCUAUCAGCAGAAGCGUUUGCGUGAACUUAAAUUCGUCAUUCAGAAUAAUGCCCGAUUGGAUUAUAUACCCACCACCAUAAUUGACUCAUUGAAGAAUCUCAGUAGCAUUGUCAUCGAGUACUCGCAGGUGGAAAUUGUCAAGAGCUAUGCCUUCGCCAAUUUGCCCUUCUUGGAGCGUAUAAUACUCAAUAAUAAUCAUAUAAUGGCCCUCGAUCAGGAUGCAUUUGCCAAUCAUAUACGUUUGCGUGAGUUGAAUUUGGAGCACAAUCAAAUAUUUGAAAUGGAUCGUUAUGCCUUCCGAAAUCUGCCACUGUGUGAGCGACUCUUUCUCAAUAACAACAACAUUAGCACCCUGCACGAAGGACUCUUCGCCGAUAUGGGACGUCUGACCUAUUUGAAUUUGGCCCACAAUCAGAUCAAUGUCCUGACCAGCGAAAUAUUCCGCGGAUUGGGCAAUCUCAAUGUGUUGAAACUGACUCGGAAUAAUCUUAACUUUAUUGGCGACACAGUCUUUGCUGAAUUGUGGAGUCUCAGCGAAUUGGAAUUGGAUGAUAAUCGCAUUGAGCGAAUUUCGGAACGUGCUUUGGAUGGCUUAAACAAUUUGAAAACUCUGAAUUUGCGCAAUAAUUUGCUAAAGAAAAUCGACAAUGGACUGUUACGUGGCACUCCGGCGCUGCUGUCCAUCAAUGUGCAGGCAAAUAAAUUGGAAACGCUGACAUUCUACACGUUCCAGCCAAUUAUGGACAAUUUGGUCAACAGCACCAGUGAACUGUUGGUGUCAGACAACAAAUUCAUUUGCGACUGUCGUCUACAAUGGAUCUUUGAAUUGAAAAAUCGCACACGUCAUUUGCAGCUGCGUGACUCUCUGGAGGAACUGCUUUGUACACUGCAGGAGCCCAAAUUGGCACAUUUCGUUGAUCCAGUGCCCUCUCAUAUACUGGAUGUGUUGAAUAUUGGUGGCUUCACCGCCAUUGGCAGCAACAGCGCCAGCAUGGGCGGCAUCGGUCACAACAGUUAUGCCACCCUCGACGAUCUGAGUGGCAUAGGCGGUCCAGGCAUCACCUCAAGGAAGCACUCUUCGACCAAGUCCCGACAGGGGCUGCGGGGUCAGCGACAGUUUGCCGAGAAUGUGGUCGAGACGAAACUGAGAAGGAAGCGACAAAUGCCCCUUGUUGCUGCUGAGGGCGUUGGAGGAGUUGCUGCGAUCGCUCCCACCAAUAAACGUUAUGACUACUACGAUGAGGCCAGCUCGGGCGGCGUACAUAUGCCGGGACUGGGCCUAGAUCUGGACGACAAUCUGAAUCUGCACAAGCAAAGCUCCUUCUAUGCCCCCAGCACGUCGGUGGCGAAUGGACAUAACGAUGUGGACUUGCCCCAUCAGCAGCAGCCUGCGUUACACGGCGAUGCCAUCGAUCUGAUGGCCUCUAAAAAUAGCAUCAAUGUGCGUCUCUUCAUGCUGAAACCGGAAAUGCUGCCCUGCCACGAUGAGCUGAGCGAUCCUACCGAAUUGCCCCUGUCGCGAGAUCUAAUGGAUGUGCGCUCAAAUGUGGGUCAGGAUUCGCCAUUGAAUGGUCAAUCCAGUAGCAAUCUGGUGCACUCUCUGGAAAGGACUCUUCUACUGGCAAGUGCUCUGGCCCUCCUUCGACUCCUCCGACUCCAGGGUUGAAUGGCCACGAUAUGGGGGAAAGGCUCGUUCUCCUUUCCCCAACCCCCACCCCAAGGAGAAAUUCUGAUUCUCUUCAAGUAAAUUGAGAUUAUAGUCUCUCGUUCUCUCUAUUUCAUUAUACUUGUAUUUGGAUUUUUUUUUUUUUUUUGAAACGAGCUUCAAAAGGGAAAAUUUAUGAUAAAUUUAACUAAAGUCCUUGUAAAUAUGUAAAAAAAAAAAAAAACGCAA